AUGGCGACUCACACCAAAUGGCUCAACGGCCCAGAAGACGUAAUGUUUGCUUGGACCAAACUCCAGACGUAUGUGGACCGAACUGGGCAAUUACGAUUGCUCUUGAAGGAAUCAGCAGACGAACUCGAUUCAAAUAACUAUUCGAUAUUUGUUGUGGCAUCCGAACUCGAGCGGAGACUGCUCAUCACGAGAGUCAACAAGGACGAGGGCGAUAUGCUGCGCAGCUGCACGCGCGUCGCCGUUCACAGCUAUCAGUCCCUCUUGGAGUGUCUGCGAUCGACAGACUGUCUAGAGUUUACGCAAGUGACUAUUCCUCAAUUCGACAUGAUGGCUGAUAAGCUGCAACUCGUAUCCAUCGCCUCGAGCGAUUUUGUCGACUAUGUCGUCGAGAAGGCGACUGAAGUCAUCAAGCGACGAAAGAUGGUGAUAAUUUUUUGCACCAGGCGCACUGAGUAUCAGAUUUUGCGAAGAAUGGCGAGAGAACUAUUACAAGAAAAUUGUCUUUGGAACGAGAUAGCGCGCGCUGAUUUUAUCGCGAAAAAGUGCUUGCCCGAGCCCAACACAGAGGAAGGUGUCAUUUUGUUCAUGACCGAGAGCUGCCAAGUACCGCUCUACUUUGAUCACGUAUGCCACAUUUUUAUCGAAGGCUUGAAAGACAAGCCUACCUGGAAUAGGAGCCGCAUAGUCUACGAGAGGCAGGUGCUUAUGAGGGAUGAGGCAGAGUGCAUGAUAUCAUACUGA